AUGUUCCCCUAUAUUAUCGGCGGUCCUCCACAACCUCUAGCAGCAUCGAUCAUCGGCAACAAUGCCACGGCCACAACCUACAAGAUUAAAUGUGCCCCCGGCACGAACUCCAACGAUUGUGAUAUGGGACCGGGAGGCCUCACUCUUGUCGCCAGCCCGCAGACUACCGUCUACAAAGUAGACGGGCCAGAUCCUGAAGAAGUCGACCCAGGCCCCGAAGAAAACAUCCAUUUGACCAUCAUAUGUUCCUUUGGAGGAAAAACCCGUGCAGUUUGCACACAGGUCGCCAGCGAGGAGGAUGGCAGUUACACUGCUAUUCUUCAAGAAAGUGAGAUUAGUUUUAUGCCUGUCACUAUUACCGCUGGGUCAAUUACUAGAGCGGUUGCUAUAAGUGCUAGUACUCCAACAACUACAGCUAAGUCAGGAAGCAAAACUGCAUCCACUGCCACUAAAACCUCGAAAUCUGGUACUAUGUCUUCCAGCUCUUCGACUGUUAGCAACGGUGGUGCGCCACAGGUUACUAAGAGUGCAAGAAUGUUUGUUGGGCUUACAAUCAUGGCUGUUGCAGCUGCUGUUUUGUAG